AUGUCGUCUGGAGUUGACAUCCAAAAUAGUAACGGCAAAUCAUAUUCAAUCACUCGUCACCGCUCCGUCUCCGGUAGUGACAGUUCUGGGGUCCCGCGGUCAAUUGAGUCCAGUCCGGCCACCAACAAACAAACCGGCAACAUGCCACAGACACAGAGAUCGCGGUACUUGAAGACGGGGGUGAUCAUUGCCCUCAUUUUCAUGGUCGUGUUAUGGCUCUCCCCAUCUAAGCCAAGUGUGUCAAGUUAUACCAAACAGCAACCAUCUUCAAACAGUGCCACGUCAGCUUCGGCAAAGUGCACGAAGCCAUUCGAUUCAUCCAAGCCUCUUAUCCAGUAUGCUCUCAUGAUUGAUGCCGGCAGCACCGGGUCUCGGAUUCAUGUAUAUCGAUUCAACAACUGCGGCUCUACUCCGGAACUCGAGAACGAGGUAUUCGAACAAACGAAGCCAAAGGAGGGAGGCUCCGGCCUCAGCUCUUACGGGGAGGAUGCUACGGGUGCCGCCCAGAGUCUCGAUCCUCUCAUGGAGGUUGCGUUAAAAUCAGUACCCGAGGAGUACAGGUCGUGCUCUCCGCUUGCCGUCAAAGCUACGGCUGGGCUCCGUCUUCUGGGCCCCGAAAAGAGCGAAAAGAUUUUGGAAGCCGUCCGACACCGCCUGGAGACUGUUUAUCCCUUCCCUGUGGUUUCCAAGGAGAAGGGUGGCGUCCAGAUUAUGGAUGGUUCAGACGAGGGUGUUUAUGCUUGGAUUACGACCAACUACCUGCUGGGCAAGAUCGGUGGCCCAGAUGAGACUCCCACAGCCGCUAUCUUCGACUUGGGUGGGGGUUCCACGCAGAUUGUUUUCGAGCCUACCUUCGAGCAGAGCAAGGCUGGUGGUAUGCCGGAGCAUCUUGCCGCCGGUGACCACAAGUACGAGCUCAAGUUCGGUGGUCGUGAGUUCGACUUGUACCAGCACUCCCAUCUCGGCUAUGGUCUCAUGUCUGCCCGAGAGGCCAUGAACACCGCAGUCGUAGAGGCAAUGCUGGCUCGCAGCCCCGACGACCUGACCUGGGUCAAGCAGCCCAUCUCCAACCCCUGCAUUGGCCCUGGAAUGCAGAAGGAAGUCACCCUCAAGUUCCCCGCUGAUCACCCUCUGGGACCUACUGUCAAAGUCCUGAUGGUCGGCCCCAAGGACAAGUCAAUGGCCCCUCAGUGCCGUGCUAUCGCGGAGAAGAUUUUGAACAAGAACGGCGAGUGCAAGCUUGCGCCCUGCUCUUUCAACGGCGUCCACCAGCCUUCUCUUGCGAAGACCUUUGCCCGGGAAGACGUGUACAUCUUCUCUUACUUCUACGACCGCACAGCUCCUCUUGGCAUGCCAGAAUCUUUCACCCUGGAUGAGCUUCACCAGCUUACUUCCACUGUCUGUGCCGGUGAGAGCGAAUGGAAGCCCUUUGAGGGCGUCGGUAAGGCGCUGGAGGAGCUCCGUGACCGUCCGGAUUGGUGCAUGGAUCUCAGCUUCAUGAUGAGUCUGCUACACACUGGUUACGAGAUGCCCCUGUCCCGUGAGGUCAAGAUUGCCAAGAAAAUCAAGAACAACGAAUUGGGUUGGUGUCUUGGUGCAAGCUUGCCUCUUCUGAGCCAGGAAUCUGGCUGGACAUGUCGCAUCAAGGAAGUCGUCUAA